AUGGCUUUCACUGCCAGGCGCGUCGCGCGCUCGCUGGGAGGCGCCGCGGCUCUUGGCAGUGCAGCCUUCCUGGCUCGGUCUGUGCCAUCACAAUGUGAUGACAAGGAUCCUCCGCAUCCGCCGCGAUAUCCCUUCUGGAUAAAGUCAAUAUUCCAUGCCCACGAGAUCCCGAGUGUCCGCCGGGGCUAUGAGGUGUAUCGGCAGGUCUGUGCCACCUGCCACUCUAUGAAGCAGCUUCACUUCAGACACUUGGUGGGCUUCGUUCUUCCAGAGAAGCGGGUCAAGGAAAUAGCAUCAAGCUAUGAUGUUGUGGAUGGACCGAAUGAUGAAGGGGAGAUGUUUACUCGGCCGGGCAUCUUGGUGGACGCCUUCCCAUCUCCUUAUCCUAAUGAGGAGGCCGCUCGCUAUGCAAAUGGUGGAGCGAAUCCGCCGGAUCUGAGUGUCUACACCACGGCAAAGCAUGAAGGACUAGACUACAUUUUUGCCCUCUUGCUGGGCUACAGAGAUCCUCCUGCUGGCAUUGAAGUUCGCGAUGGAUUGUACUACAAUGUGUACUUCCCUGGAGGCCUGAUUGGAAUGCCGAGCCCAUUGCACUCCGAUGGUCUGGUUGAUUACGAGGAUGGCACUCCAUGUACGAAGUCACAAAUGGCAAAAGACGUUGUAAACUUUCUCUGCUGGGCCGCCGAACCAGCGCACGAUGAGCGCAAACUGAUUGGUUUGAAGGCGAUGUCCGCCUGCUUCGUUGGGACAUUCAUUGUCGGAUUCUGGUACAGAACCAUGUGGAUCGGGUUCAAGACGCGGCGGAUUGAUUUUACAAAGGCCGUCAUGUGA